GACCAUUUGACCAAAAAGACAGCAAGAACGAGAACGAGAACGAGAACGAGACGAAGAUAAAGAAACAGGAACAGAAAACGAACCAUAUCUUUCUAAUAUGCCGAUUGGAUGGAGUUUAUCAAACGUAUUAAUCAGUUUAAUCGAUCAACCUGAGAUUGAAAAUGAAACUAGAUUUGAUGAAUUAGAUUCCAGUCAGAUUAGACAAUCUGUUCAUAACUUAGUUGAUGAACUAACGGAAUCAUCAAGCUCAAUCACUUCAACUGAAGUCUUUCAAACUUUUCAAAGUUUACUAAAACAUUCAUCAAUCCUACCUCAUUCAAUCCUACUAUCGAUUCUAGACGUUUUACCAUCAGCCUUCGAAGUAGAAAUCAAUUCAACCUCUCGAGAUGCAAACCCAACAGACCAUACAAACUACAGAUCCCAUAGACUAGCACUAGAACAUUACGCAUUUUUAUUACAUUGGCUAGUACAAGAAUGUGAAAAACGUAGAAUCUCAGAAAGAGGUUUAGAUGGGAUUUUAACCAAUCAAAAUGAUAAAAUAAAAUCAUCUAAAUCUAAAUCAUCUAAACAAAAAGGUACUAAAACGAAUACUUCAGAUAAGAAUGCUUCAUUUGAUUGGACAGCUCAAGUUGUGGAAGUUUUAGGUUCUAUGUUAAAAGCACUUAGUUUAAAAACUGAUUUUAUUUGGCCUACUUCUCAAGAUCGAGAUGCAUUUGUUAGUUGCUUUACCAAGACUGUGUAUCAAAUUUUGGAAAUCAAAACUUUUGCUGAUAAUUCUGCAAUUCGAGUUCUUGCAUUUAAAAUAAUCUGUACAGCAGCUAAAAGUCAUGGUCAAGCAUACAAUACCCAAACUUCGAUCCUACAAAAACUACAAUACUUUGAUCAUCUAUCAGAAUACAUGGCAGAAUUAACUCAUCUCUUAGUAGAAGCCAAAGAUUUACCACAAUUAGCAGAUGCGAUCUUGAGAGAAAUUUCAUCUAAAUUAUUUUCAGCACAAGAUUACAAAGGUCCACGAAGUUUUUCACGUCAUUUGAUUAACUUAACGGAACUUGCACCUAGAUUAGUUUUUAACCAGAUCGUGAUUUUCCAAAAACCUUUUAGAUCGUGA